UCUUGGCAUUUUCGUACACCGCGGUCGAGAUUCCGCCGCCACAUUCAGCGCGUUCCUCGUCGAGUUUAUCAAUCCUCGAGUUCGCCGUUAAGUUCGCCGCGAUUGAUGCAGCCUGAUGACGAAUAAGGAAAGAUGGAACAAAACGGAGAUAUAUUAGGAUACGUGGCUUCCACGUUUUCCGAAUAUCAACGGAUGUAAGCGAGCGGACGCAUGUCGACGCGACGCUGAAUACGUCGCACGCGAUCACGCUGCACGUCAUCGUCACGUCCCUUCGACGCAAACGCGAACGUCCUUAGAUAUCCGUCGCACGUUCGACCUGAUCUCCGACGUCCGGGAAAUCGAUACACUUUCCGCGCCUCGUUCCGUGGCGCGUCGCGCCAGUACUCGCCUCGGCAUCGCCAGGUCCGGUUGACAGAGCAUCGUUAUGUCGGGCGAGCACAAGACGGUAAUUAAAUAUCCAUCGGAGUAUGUCAAACUGAACAUCGGGGGCUCCCUCCAUUACACUACCAUAGGUACCCUGCAGAAGCAUGACACUAUGCUACGUGCCAUGUUCAGUGGUCGCAUGGAGGUGUUGACCGACUCCGAAGGCUGGAUACUGAUCGACCGGUGCGGCAAACACUUCGGGACGAUCUUGAAUUUUUUGCGAGAUGGUUCAGUUCCAUUGCCAGAGAAUACAAAAGAAAUGGCAGAGCUGCUCGCAGAGGCCAAGUACUAUUGUAUUAGCGAAUUAGCUGAGUCCUGUGAACAGGCACUGCUUCGAAAGGAGCGUGAAGCAGAGCCAAUCUGUAGAGUCCCUCUUAUCACCUCCCAGAAGGAAGAACAAUUACUUAUAAGCAAUACUACUAAGCCUGUGGUCAAGCUGCUCAUUAAUAGACAUAAUAAUAAAUAUUCAUAUACAAGUACGUCAGAUGACAAUCUACUAAAGAACAUAGAAUUAUUUGACAAAAUGUCACUUAGAUUUAGUGGCAGAGUUUUAUUCAUCAAAGAUGUUAUCGGCUCCAGUGAGAUUUGCUGCUGGACAUUCUAUGGACAUGGCCGUAAGGUAGCCGAAGUUUGCUGCCACUCGAUCGUUUACACAACCGAUAAGAAGCAUACAAAGGUUGAAUUUCCCGAAGCUCGAAUAUAUGAAGAAACAUUGAAUAUUCUGUUGUACGAGCAUCGGAAUGGCCCGGAUCAAGAGUUAAUGCAGGCUACAUCAUCGCGUGGCGUAGUACCUUGUACGUCUGACGAAGAGGAGGGUGAGCGUUCAGGCUUGGCUCGCCUUCGCUCCAACAAACAGAACACCAACUGACCCAGUCUUGUCCUCCUCAAUCCACCGCAUACCGCGAUCCUCAGUGUCGUUCGCUCUUUCAAGACACGGAUCAAUAUAAAAUAAAACAAAGGACAGAUAUAUAUCAAGCACUUCAUAAUACUUGAUAUUCAGUUUGUCAGCUGAAUCUCUUUCUCUCUUUUGUUUUGGAAUGCGUGGAACACGAGGAAAGCUGCAAUUUUGUUUGGACGAUAAGCUAGCUCGAUAUUUUCACAUCACAUUUUAUUUUCGAAUAUAUCGCGCUUAUUAUUGAAAUUAUAUUUGAAAGAAAAAUGCGUCAUUCUGAUUAACGGAAUGACAGAUUUGUGAGUCUUGAAUUUUCUUUGCCAUUCUUGCUACAAGCGUGUUUACAAAUGUAUAUAAAUGUGCGAUUAAGAAUGGCAUCUUAUCGAUUUCAUCCUGAAAAUCAUGAAAAGAAUGUAGCGCCAUGCGCUCGUUGAUUUAUGUGCCAAAUUCGCGACAGAAUAAAUACAAGUUGUCAUUCUGUGACUGAUAAAAUUAUUUAUAAAUUUAUACUCUAUGACAACUUUUAAGCAGUCAUUUAGAUUAAUUAACUAAACUGUUAUAAAAAAUUAAUGUGCAAACUAGGAUGGCACUGUUACCUGUUGUAUUAUUAUUUUAUUAUCUUUAUCACUCUAUCAUUAUUAUCAUUAUUAUUUUCAUAAUUAUUACUGUUUAUUAUUCUUAUGUUAUCUAUAUCAUUAUGAUCAAGUUUUUCCUUACAACAUGCCUAAUUUAAUAGCUCAAUAAAUUCUUAAAACAUAUAUGUUA